GAGGAUGUGAGCUCACAGCCCCGGAUUGCUGGCGGGCAGGCGGCCACAGCGCAGGGCGGCGCGGGGUCGGCUUGCAACCCAGCUGAGAGGAGAAGCGCCCCCCCCUGGGACGGUGAGAGCCGGGUGCUGAGAGUAUGAGGCUCUGGCCUCCACUGGCCACUCAUUCGUGAUCCUUCCACCACGGCGGAGCCUUCCAAGCCGACCUCCUGCCGUGUGGUGAUCUACCUGCAGCGGGAGAUGUCAGGGGAUACCUGUCUGUGCCCAGCCUCGGGGGCCAAGCCCAAGCUGAGCGGCUUCAAGGGAGGAGGCCUGGGCAACAAAUACGUACAGCUCAAUGUGGGGGGCUCCCUGUACUACACCACCGUGCGGGCACUAACCCGGCACGACACCAUGCUCAAGGCCAUGUUCAGCGGGCGCAUGGAGGUGCUGACCGACAAAGAAGGCUGGAUCCUCAUAGAUCGAUGUGGGAAGCACUUCGGCACCAUUUUGAAUUACCUCCGAGAUGACACCAUCAUCCUCCCACAGAACCGGCAGGAAAUUAAGGAACUGAUGGCCGAAGCCAAGUAUUACCUCAUCCAGGGGCUGGUGAGCGUGUGCCAGACUGCUCUGCAGGACAAGAAGGACUCCUACCAGCCUGUGUGCAACAUCCCCAUCAUCACCUCCCUGAAAGAGGAAGAGAGGCUCAUUGAAUCCUCCACCAAGCCCGUGGUGAAGCUGCUGUACAAUAGAAGCAACAACAAGUAUUCCUAUACCAGCAACUCGGACGACCACCUACUAAAAAACAUCGAGCUGUUUGACAAGCUCUCCCUGCGCUUCAAUGGCCGCGUGCUCUUCAUCAAGGAUGUCAUUGGCGAUGAGAUCUGCUGCUGGUCCUUCUACGGCCAGGGCCGCAAGCUGGCCGAGGUGUGCUGCACCUCCAUCGUGUAUGCCACGGAGAAGAAGCAGACCAAGGUGGAAUUCCCAGAGGCCCGCAUCUAUGAGGAGACACUCAACGUCCUCCUCUAUGAGACCCCCCGAGUCCCUGACAACUCCUUACUGGAGGCCACCAGCAGGAGCCGCAGCCAGGCUUCCCCCAGUGAAGAUGAGGAGAGCUUUGAACUGCGGGACCGGGUCCGCCGUAUCCAUGUCAAGCGCUACAGCACUUACGAUGACCGGCAGCUCGGCCACCAGUCUACGCAUCGCGACUGACAAGACCCUCAGGGAGUCAGGGCACGGGACACCCUGUCUCCCGUCCUGUGGAGCCCUGCCCCGUUGGCCACCCCACACUGCUGUUGGCUGGAUUUCUGCUCCAGCACCCAGAAGCAUGACAGGAGGGCAGAGGGCCUGGGCAGGAGAGGGACCACAUUCCUUUGCCCUGCUCCCUGAGCACUUCAGGAUGACCCAAGUCCUGGAUCCUUUGCUCACCCUUCCUGACAGGGAGCUGUGUCUGCCCCUGGGGCAACUGGGCUGACCUGCCCAUGUCCCACGAGAACAGUCCCCUUGACCCCUUGCUGAGUGUCCUUUGGCUCUACUGAAGGGCUACCUUUAAGGCCUCUGGGGAGAUCCGUGGGGAAUGGGCUCAUUCUGGUGCUGUGGAGGCCCAGUUUCUUAUAGAAGGUGGGGCUUCUUUUUCCUUGAGGUCUUUAAGCACAGGCUUCAUGACUUUGGUUUUUAAAAAAUUACCUAGGAAAUGAAUAGCUUGAACUCUAAUAAUGAGGGGACUGGGCAUUUGUGCUACCCCUCUAGGGUGCCAAGACCCUGGGUAGGGCUGAACCCUUGGCCUUCCUUGAUGCCUUUGGCAUCUGUUUCUUUAAAGCACUUUGUACUCUUACUCAAUUUGUAUUCUGCCCUGACCCAUAUCAUCUUUUUCUGACUCUAACCCCUCUUCCCUGCAGAAUCAAUCUGAGAGAGGGGCUAGAGAAGCAAUAAAACAAAACAAAA